CCGUCAGGUUACUUUCGAUUGACAACCUAUAGCUCUUCAUUUGGGAUGCACGUGAAUAACUAGGUCUACAAGCUCCGAAAAUGCAGUGUCUGUGGACCUUUCGUUGAAUCCAGCUGCAGCGUAUGGUGGUAAUUAAAAAGCUCGAAGGCGAAAUCCACAAUGCUGUCUAUAAAAUGGCUUCUGUUUAUUAUGGUCUGUUCAGCGACAGCAACACAAGCCAGGGCAUGGUUUGCCCGAUGUGAAAAUCGUCGUUCCAGAUGCUAUGGAAAAUCGUUUUACUGUCCGUCGCGCUGUCCCGAGAUUUGCCACGUCAACUGCAGGCGCUGCAAGCCCCAAUGUCACAGCGCAGCUUCUCUGUCUGCGGCCUGUGACAAGCCGGGUGCGGUGUGCCACGACCCGCGGUUCGUAGGCGGGGAUGGCAAUAUGUUCUAUUUCCACGGCAGAAAGGACCGCGACUUCUGCCUUGUCUCCGACCCGGAUGUACACAUCAACGCGCACUUCAUGGGCAAAAGCGCAACCCAGGAGCAAGAGCUGAAGUACGACUUGACGUGGGUAAAGUCUAUCGGCGUGCGCUUCGGUUCCCAUCAGAUCCACCUCGGCGCCAACAAAGUCGCUCGCUGGGACAGUGCCCUGGACCAACUCACGCUCCUUGUAGAUGGACAAAGCGUCGUCCUCUCGCCCCGUAGAGGCGCCCAGUGGGAGGACCGGUUGAUCCCAUUGAAGAUCACACGUCUCCUGAAUGUUAAUGCUGUAAUACUGCAAGUGGCUGACAGAUUCAGUCUAACGGCCUGGGUGGCUCCCGUUACGGCCGAGGAGUCUAGGGUUCAUGGCUACGUAAUUAGUGAAGAUGACUGCUUUGCGCACUUGCAGCUAAACUUUAAGUUCUUUGAGCUCAGCCCUAAUGUGACCGGCGUGUUGGGGCAGACGUACUCCUCUGGGGUUAAAAGCCACUUGGAAGUGGGGGCUGUUAUGGAAGGGGAGGAUAAAUUUGAAGUGUCGCAUCUCUUUGCUACAGAUUGUAAGGUUGCCAGGUUUAGCGAAGAAACGGAAUCGCGGUUCGGGUUCUUUAGGAAGUUACCAACGGUUUCAUGCGCCAGUGAGAAUGCGGCAGGGAGCGGUAUUCUGUGUCGCGGUUAGAAAGCGAAAUGUACUUUAAGCCUUCUAUGGAAUAAACGUAUUAUUGUUAUUAUGUGUAGGUCUGUUAGAACUUAGAAUCAUGUCGUGUGGGCGGUAGAGCCUGAAAAUUGACCAGGUGAGAUUAGAUUUAAAAUGGCCUUGUUCGGUGAGGCUGAAAGGAAUAAGUUUGGCCGCAAAAUAUCUAUGUAAAGUACGUUGAUUGA